AUGGCAGAAAACAGAGAAGAAAUUCUAGCAAAUUUUCAGGGUAUAACAGCCAUAGAAAAUGUUGCUGAAGCUAUAUACUACCUUGAAGAAUCAAAUUGGGAUUUACUUACUGCCAUCAACCGGGUGAUGCCUCAGGAUGGAAGCAGCUCAACAGCACAGAACGACACUCAUGAUGUUGAGAUGAUAGACGAUGAUAUAUCUGUGAUAACUCCAAAAACGCACCCACCAGACAGAGAAGAUGGUAAUCAAGCAUCAACCUCAUCACCUAAAUAUAGUUCCAUUGAUUUGGUAGAGCUACAAGUUCAUUGUAAUAAUAAAAUAUAUGAAAUCAAAAUAUCGGCCACAGCAACAGUCAGUGAUCUAAAGAAACAGUUGGAAUUGGCUUGCGGUGUGCCAGUAUGUCGUCAGCAGAUCUCAGGGCUGGGCGGCUCACGAGCUACAUCUAGUGCUCAGCUGCACACACUCUCACUACCACACAAUGCAGUACUCAGGCUCAAAGCUGCUGAACAACUAAUGGCGGAUGAUGAGGUGGCAGAAAAACUAACGACAACAUACAUUCUUCACGUGAAACACGAUGACAAGGAAUACACGCUCAAGUAUCCCGGCACCAAGACUGUACAAGAAGUCAAGAAUGAUAUAUACUCACUGACAGAUAUACCUGCACGCCAUCAGUCAUGGACAGGUUGGCCUACUGUGACAGGGCUCGACGACACUGUGCUCGCUAUGGUAGGCCUGGACAUGCCUCAACACGAGCUCUCUGUUAAACGGGCCCCCAGCAAGCAGAAAGAAUAUAAGAGGGCAGCCGGACCAAGCGCACGGACCGGAGGGGAAUCGAUAAUAGUCGAGAGUUCGGACAGUGAAAACAGUUCAGUGGAAGAAAUAGAAGACACAGCUGAGGGCUUUACAGGAGAAGACGAUAUGUUUGUGGAUUUAGUGCAGUCAGAAAGGUUACAACCGUUAAUGACGGAUCACGUAGAAGAUGAAGCACUUGGGUGUAUCGAGUUUGCGUCGAGGUUUCGCUCGCGGUACGGGCCCAACACACCUAACUUUUUUGAAGGAACACUUCAAGAUGCCAUCAAGGAAUCCUGUCUGAAACCUGCCAAAGAGAGAAAACUACUAGGUAUAUAUCUUCACCACGAACAGUCAGUGCUCUCGAACGUAUUCUGUGCACAACUACUAGGGUGUGAUGCUGUGCUGCAGACACUCCAGGCCAACUUCGUCGUAUACGGAUGGGACCUCACGCAUCAGGAUAACAAUAAUAUGCUAUUAUCAUCAGUGGCGAAUUCCCUGGGCCCGGUAGCGAGUAUGACGAUACGGAACAUCCCCGUGGAUAGAUUACCAGCUUUAGUCAUAAUAAUGCGUGUCAGAUCAAAUACUGAAAUAUAUUCAGUCAUCAAUGGUAAUGUAGGCGUUUCGGAGCUGCUGAGCGGGCUGGUGGAGGCUCUGGAGCGGUUCAGUGCGGCGAGGGAGGACGAGGCGAAGCUCGAGCGAGAACGAGAUGCCAGGCAACGGGUCAAGCGCGAGCAGGACGAGGCUUACCAACGGAGUUUAGAGGCUGACAGAGCUAAAGAAGAAGUAAAAAAGCAACUGGCAUUAGAAAGAAAUCAAGAAAUAGAACGAGCAGAAUCAGAAAGACUUAUGGAGGCAGCUAAAAAAGAGGCGGAGCGGCUGGUGGCGGCGCGGCGCGUGCCGGGCGAGCCGGGCGCGGGCGCGGACGCGGCGCGCAUCCGCGUGCGCCUGCCGCCGCCGCACGACCACUGCCUCGAGCGGCGCUUCCACCCCCACGACACGCUGCAGGCACUAUUAGACUUCCUCGCUUCAAAAGGUUAUCCACAAGAACAUUAUAAAGUAAUCGCUAGCUGGCCUAGGAGAGACUUAACAACAGAAUCUCCAAGCAAUACGCUGAAGACACUGAAGCUGUACCCACAGGAGACGGUGAUGCUGGAGGAGCGGUGA